UAUCGUUGUUGUUGUUAGCAUCCUCGACCCUCGCGAGAAACACGUGACAGGCCACGAGUAGUUCAAUCUUCCAAAAUGCAUUUGAAUUAUUACUUGGAUAAUGAGGGCAACAGGGUCUACACAUUGAAAAAGGUAGACCCUGAAGGCCGGCCAACUGCAAGUGCCCAUCCAGCAAGGUUCAGCCCGGAAGACAAGUACUCCCGGCAGCGUAUCGUCAUCAAGAGAAGAUUUGGACUCCUGUUGACGCAGCAGCCAGCAGUUCGAUAUUAAUAACAGAGCAGAUAUAUAAUGAUUUACAGCAGACAUUUCCUCA